UUCCUGCGUGCCCCUGGAGAAACCAAACGCCUCUUUUCCUUCUCGACCCUUUCCUAUCGGUCUUCUGGCGAAUCGAACGAAGCUUUCUUCCCUUACUCCCUCUCAUCCACCUCCGGCCCGUCGUUCCCCCGCCGACCACCGUCCCUACCGCCGUCUGCGCCAUCACCGUCCGGCCGGAUCGCCGGUCCGAACCCUGCAUCGCUCGGAUUACAUAGCGGCAGGCAAACGAGAAGGAGGCGGCGUUGGAGUUUGAGGGAAAAGAAAAAAAGAAGAAGAAACAGAUCGUUGCCGAGUCCAUCUGGAUCUCUCUCCUUGGAAGCAUGGAGCCAAAGGCUAGCGAUACCGAUGACUUCCUUGAAUCCACGGUGCUUCUGGACGAAGCACAGUAUGAGGAGGGAUUCAAAGACGGGUAUAAUGAUGGCUUGGGCUUGGGAAAGGAGGAGGGCAGAGAAGUGGGCUUGAAGCUGGGAUUUCAAGUUGGGGAGGAGCUGGGCUUCUAUCGGGGCUGCGUCGAUGUGUGGAGCUCAGCGAUUCGGGUCGACCCAGGGGCGUUCUCAGCUCGGCUUCGAAAGAGCAUUGAACAACUGGGAGAGCUGGUGGAUAAGUAUCCCCUGUCAGAGCCAGAGAAUGAGCAGGUUCAAGAGAUGAUGAACACCAUGAGGCUAAAAUUUAGGGUUAUUUCGGCGAUGUUGGGGGUGAGGUUGGAGUAUGAAGGCUACCCAAAAUCAUCGGAAACAGAUGUGGUGGAUUUUUGGCGAGAGAAACAAAAAAUGCUGAAAUCAAUGCUUGCUUGCUGCAAGCUCUAUAUAUCUGAAAGCCGUAACUCUCUUGCGCUGGAAUCGAUUGAGGUGGCUGCAAAAUUAUACCCGGAAGCUGUUGUCAUCAACAAAUUCAAGGAUGAGGCCUACAACAGAGUUGGCUAUACACUUGUCUCAUGCUUUGAUACCACCUCAUCGCCUGAUGUUGCCCCCUUGAAGAAUGCAGUGCUCAGCAUGGUUAAAGCAGCUUUUGAAACCAUUAAUCUUGAGUUACACUCUGGAACUCAUCCUCGGCUUGGAGUUGUCGACCACAUCUGCUUCCACCCUCUGGUUCACGGUUCGCUGGACAAGGCUGCAGGGAUCGCAAAGUCUGUGGCAGCUGAUAUUGGCCGAAAACUCCGAGUCCCCACCUUUCUCUAUGGAGCAGCUCAUGAGGGAGGUAGGACUCUUGAUUCUAUAAGAAGAGAGCUAGGCUAUUUCAAACCAAAUUCAGCUGGCAAUCUAUGGGCAGGAGGGCUUAGAUCAGAGGUUUUGUGUCUGAAGCCUGAUGCAGGCCCCCUCCAAUCAGCGCCAGCCAAAGGCGUUGUGGCCAUUGGGGCAACCAGGUGGGUGGAUAACUACAACGUACCCAUCCAGUCUACUGACAUCAAAGCUGCUCAAAGGAUUGCAAGGAGGCUGAGCGAGCGAGGCGGUGGGCUUAAAUCGGUGCAGGCUAUGGGGCUAGCCCAUGGUGAGGCAAUGACAGAGGUGGCAUGUAAUUUGCUGGAUCCAAGUAAAGUUGGAGCUGAUCAGGUACAGAUCGAAGUCCAGCGGCUCGCUUCAGAGGAGGGAUUGACUGCAGGCCAAGGUUAUUUUACCGAUUUUUCACAAGAAAAGAUUGUUGAAAUGUACAUGAGAUCCAUUGCAUCUGAUUAAAAUUGCUUCUUAGCAAACAAGUUGAUUGUGGUCAUCAUCUUAUAGUUCUAGAAUAAUUUGUUUUGACUACAUUAUGCUUAGUUCUGUGCGUGUUGAUGCAUAAUUCUCUGUAUAGGCUGCAAAUCUGUUGAAGUCAGACCUAAACCAGCACCCAAAAGUCAAGUCUAGAACUCGAAGCAUUAUUCCCAAGACCAGGCCUCUUGUAUGGUUCUUUAAGAAUUGAACACGACUUUGAUGAACUCGGAUGGACCUAGUUUGGUCAGACAAAAAAAAUAGUUCAAACUGUUUAAACUCACACAAUGUUACUUUUUCAAUAGUAUGAAGGGUCUCCUGAGAAAAUGACCAAUUUUUACA